AUGCAUGCUCAGGACGGGCAGGCUCAGGAUUUUACAGAUAGAGUAAUUUGUGAUUCAGAGAAUUUAGGAGAUAGGUUAGGCCCCUGGCCCCUGCCAGAAAAACUGGCGGAUAAUGUCUUGGUACAAUUCUCGGAAGAGGGGGGCCCGAUCCAUCAGUACAUCUUGACCCUCUUCGCCCAAGAGCUGGCGAGCAGAUUUCCACUCCGAAAUCCCCUCACAAACCACAGGAAAACUUUAUUACAGAAAUUUGCAAAUAACGAAGGUCCUGUGGCUCAAGCUCGGCUUCCACUUUGCUACUUCCAGUGUCCCUCCAUCCCCACCUCCAAAGGACUGGGGACAAGAGUAAUCCAGGUGCUGAGCACGCCUAAAAGAGAACGGAAGGAGUUUCCAGGAUUGCUCUGUCUGUUACCUUCUACAGCCAAUCUCAAAGUCGUUUUCUUUGAGGCCCGCCUCUUUGGAGCUUCGGGAAGGAGGAAGAUCGGUGCGCGACAGUUGUCACAAUACUCUGUGUGUGUGCUCGUGUGCGCGCGCGAGCGCGCGCAUUGUUUUCGUGUAUGUUCUUCUGCAGAGCCAGCCUUCGGGGAGGUCAACCAGCUGGGAGGGGUAUUCGUGAACGGAAGGCCUCUACCCAACGCCAUCAGACUCCGCAUCGUGGAACUGGCCCAAUUGGGCAUCCGACCCUGUGACAUCAGCCGACAGUUAAGGGUAUCCCAUGGCUGUGUCAGUAAGAUACUGGCGCGCUACAAUGAGACCGGCUCCAUCUUACCUGGGGCGAUUGGGGGAAGCAAACCUCGGGUCACUACCCCUACAGUGGUGAAACAUAUCCGGACCUACAAACAGAGGGACCCAGGAAUCUUUGCCUGGGAGAUCCGUGAUCGUUUGCUGGCAGACGGUGUGUGUGACAAGUACAACGUGCCUUCGGUCAGUUCCAUCAGCCGAAUCCUACGCAACAAGAUUGGGAACCUGUCUCAACAGAGCCAGUACGACUCUUACAAACAGCAUCAGCCACCGCCUCAACCGGCCUUGCCUUAUAACCACAUAUACUCCUAUCCCAGCCCCAUUACUGCAGCUGCAGCCAAAGUACCCACUCCUCCCGGAGUGCCCGGAAUUCCCAGCAAUAUGGCCAUGCCUCGAACCUGGCCCUCUUCGCACUCUGUCACGGAUAUCCUGGGAAUCCGCUCCAUCACAGACCAAGUGAGCGACAGCUCCCCCUACCACAGUCCAAAGGUGGAAGAGUGGAGCAGUUUGGGCCGCAACAACUUCCCCACCCCUGCCCCACACCCGGUCAACGGGCUGGAGAAAAGCUCUUUGGAACAGGAGUCCAAAUAUGGACAGGCACCAAAUGGUCUCCCAGCCGUCAGCAGCUUUGUGUCAGCAUCCAGCAUGGCUCCUUACCCUACCCCAGCUCAAGUGCCACCUUAUAUGACGUACAGCGCUGCUCCUUCUGGCUAUGUUGCUGGUCAUGGUUGGCAGCAUGCUGGCAGCACUGCACUCUCCCCACACAACUGUGACAUCCCAGCAUCGCUGACAUUCAAGGGCAUGCAGACAGCCAGAGAAGGUAGUCACUCUGUUACAGCUUCUGCUCUCUGA